AUGGUGGCCUUCAACACCGCCAUGUCGUGCUCCGAGAAUGUUGAGACGUGGACAAGAUGCUUGCAUUUGCUUCAUGAGCUCCAGGAGGCAAGAGCUCCUUCAGACCAAAAGAGCUACCGCUCUCCGAUUCGCAUGGCCGGCCACGGCUUAUGUUGGGAGUUGGCAGCGACUCUGCAUGUUCAUAUGGUGAGAUGCCGGAUUCCGGACCCGGAUGCCUCAGCCCUCAGCGCCGCGGCCUGGGCUGCCGAGGCCGCAGAAGCUGCGGCCACCGUGGCAAGGCUGUGCCCGGCGUGGCAGAUCAAAGCAACAACUGUGGCAAAAGACCGCCAGGGGCCGGGUUUGAUCGACAAGGCCAAAUCUGACAGUGUUAUGGUACGAAGGCCUGGCAAAGCUCCAGCGGAAAGCGUUGUCGGGUGCCCAGGUUGGUGUGUGGCAUUUCCAGACAUGGAUUCGCACCGGCGCGCGGUGCUUGGCGCCAGCUGGGCAACUCCAACCCUGGAACUUCCAGGGAUGGUGCCUCUCGUUUGGAAGGCGCCGAGGAUGUCCACCCAGCCUCCCGCAGUGGCCUGGGCGCCGCUGCAGCAGCUCAGCACUUCUCAGCGGCCUACCCACCGAUGGCCCCACCACGUCGUAACCCUGGGCGAGGCGGCAUGCGGCAUGAGUGGCUAUGAUGACUGUGCGGCCACAGACAUCUGUGUACAUAACUUAGCAGCACCUUAA